UGAAAUAAGACAUUUAUUAUCAUGAUCAUUUCAUAAAUUGUAUUUUUUUGGAAAACAUCCAAGCUUCUCCUCGUAACCUCUAAACAGGAACAAACUUGCUGAGAAAAAGAAAGUGAAUGCAGAUUAUGUUUUACAUGUGACGUUUACGUUCUCCAUUUUCAAAAACUGAUCAUUAAUCUUUUUAUUUGUUCUUGUGGGAAGAUACAUGAACAUAAUGGGAAAGAAAAGACAUUUUCAGAAGUUUUCUAGAAACUGAACGUUUUGAUCGAAGCAAGUCUUCAGCUGUGGAGCAGAAAGACACUUCCUUAUUCAUAGUCAGUGUUGGAGAUCAAACUGUUCAGAUCCAUCAUGAAUGAAACACAAACAUCUAGAGAUGAAGAUAAUUUUCCAGCCUGCAGCUCAGUUCAUCAGAAGAGAUCAGAAGCAGAGCCCAGCUGUGUGUCUAUGAAGAGUGACUGCUCUAUGGAUCCACCAAUGAAGUUUAAGAGUGAAGAUUCACAGCCUGGAUUCAGUUCAGUUCAUCAGAAGAGAUCAGAUGCAGAGUCCAGCUGUGUGUCUAUGAAGAGAGAGACAUCUGUGAUUCAGUCUUUAGAUUUUAAGAGACGAGAUACACGGCCUGUUCUCAGUCAUGAAGUCCUCAACACAUUUAGAUCAAAUCUGCUGAAGAAGUUUGAGUGUCUGUGUGAGGGAACAGCGACGCAGAGAAACCCAACACUGCUGAAUGAGAUCUACACAGAGCUCUACAUCACAGAGAGUGAGAGAGGAGAGAUCAAUAAUGAGCAUGAGGUGAGACAGAUUGAGACACAAUCCAGGAGAGAAGUAACAGAGGACACAGCCAUCAAAUGCAGUGACAUCUUCAGACCUUUACCUGGACAAGACAAAGACAUCAGAAAUGUGCUGACAAAGGGAAUCGCUGGCAUUGGAAAAACAGUGUCUGUGCAGAAGUUCAUCUUGGACUGGGCCGAAGGGAAAGAGAAUCAGGACAUCCAGCUCAUAUUUCCACUUCCUUUCAGAGAAAUCAACUUGAUGAAGGACAAAACAUUCAGUCUUUUAGAUCUUCUUCACGUCUUUUUCCCUGAAACUAAAGAAAUGGAAAUAUCUAGUGAUGAAUGUAAAGUGUUGUUCAUCUUUGAUGGUCUGGACGAGUGUCGUCUGUCUCUGGACUUUAAGAGUAAAGUGAAUCUGUGUAAUAUAUCUGAGUCAGCCUCAGUGGAUGUGCUGCUGAUGAACCUGAUUGUGGGGAAUCUGCUUCCCUCUGCUCUCAUCUGGAUCACCUCCAGACCAGCAGCAGCUGAUCUCAUCCCCUCUGAGUGCGUCCAUCGAGUGACAGAGGUACGAGGCUUCAAUGAGCCACAGAAGGAGGAAUACUUCAGGAAGAGGAUCAGUGAUCAGAGUUUGGCCGACAGGAUCAUCUCACACCUGAAGUCCUCCAAGAGCCUUUUCAUCAUGUGUCACAUCCCAGUCUUCUGCUGGAUCUCAGCUGCUGUUCUUGAGAAGAUCUUGAGUCGAGCAGAGACUGGAGAGAUUCCCAAGACUCUCACUCAAAUGUACACACACUUCCUGAUCCUUCAGACCAACAUCAAACAUGAGAAAGAUUAUGAGAAGAAGGUGACGGAUGAAGACGUGAUCCUCAAACUGGGGAAACUGGCUUUCCAGCAGCUUGUGAAAGGAAACCUGAUCUUCUAUGAUGAAGACCUGAAAGAAUGUGGAAUUGAUGUGACAGAAGCAUCAGUUUACUCAGGACUGUGCACUCAGAUCUUCAGAGAGGAGCUGGGCUUGUUUCAGGGGAAAGUCUUCUGCUUUGUUCAUCUGAGUCUUCAGGAACAUCUAGCAGCUCUAUAUGUACAUCUCUCCUUUACAAUCAACAAGAAAAAUGUGUUUGACCGAAUCAAACAAUAUUCUUUCUUUAAUGUCUUACACAUAAUUAGAAUGUUAUCUAAGCUGCAUCAGAGAGCUGUGGAUGAGGCUCUAAAGAGUAAGAAUGGACACCUGGAUCUUUUCCUGCGGUUUCUUCUGGGUCUCUCAGUGGAGUCCAAUCAGACUAUCUUAAGAAAACUACUGACACAGACAGGAAGCUGCUCCUACAACAAAGAGAAAACAGUUCAUUUCAUCAAACAGAAGAUAAGGGAAAAUCACUCUUCAGAGAAAUCCAUCAAUCUGUUUCACUGUCUGAAUGAACUGGGUGAUGAUUCACUGAUGCAGGAGAUCCAGCGUUAUCUAAAAUUUGGAGAAAUAGGAGAAACUAAGCUCUCCUCUUCACAGUGGUCAGCUCUGGUUUAUGUUUUGCUGACAUCAGAGCAGAAGAUGGAUAAUUUGGAUCUAAAACAGUUUGUUGGAGAACAACAUACAGGAGAUGAAGUUCUUCAGUAUCUGUUACCUGUAGUUAAAGAAUCCAGAUCAGUUCGGUUAUGUGGAUGCAAACUCACUGCUCAGUCUUGUGAAAGUUUGUCUUCAGUUUUACAAUCCUCAAACUCAAACAUCCUGAGAGAGCUGGACCUGAGUAACAAUGACCUGCAGGAUUCUGGAGUGAAGCUGCUCUCUGAAGAACUGAAGAGUCCAAACUGUCAUCUGGAGAUUCUGAGGCUAUGUGGAUGCAAACUCACUGCUCAGUCUUGUGAAAGUUUGUCUUCAGUUUUACAAUCCUCAAACUCAAACAUCCUGAGAGAGCUGGACCUGAGCAACAAUGACCUGCAGGAUUCUGGAGUGAAGCUGCUCUCUGAAGGACUGAAGAGUCCAAACUGUCAUCUGGAGAUUCUGAGGCUAUGUGGAUGCAAACUCACUGCUCAGUCUUGUGAAAGUUUGUCUUCAGUUUUACAAUUAAACUCAAACAUCCGGAGAGAGCUGGACCUGAGUAACAAUGACCUGCAGGAUUCUGGAGUUAAGCUGCUCUCUGAAGGACUGAAGAGUCCAAACUGUGAGUCACCACCUGGUCACGAUCCCGUUCACACGAAUACUAAUUACCCGCACCUGAAGAGCGCUACUCUGGGCGGAAGCCCCCUGGACGACCAACAGAGCCUUGAACACUUCAAAGAGGUAUUCGGCCAACCCCUCACCAAGUUCUCCGUGCACGAUGAACUACUACAGCUCCCGCAGGCAGACCUCCCAGACUCAAUCCAGAUGCACAUGGCUAUCUACUAUGACAACGUAGGCUUGGAGAACUUCAUGAACGAGAUCUUCCGAGACAUGCUUCAUAAGUUCGUCAUCGUCUAUAUUGACGAUAUCCUCAUAUAUUCACCCAACCUGUCCGCACGCCGUCAUCAAUCCACCAUUCACUUCCUCGGGUACAUAAUAACUCCCUCGGGGGUCAGCAUGGACCCCAAGACAGUAGAGGCGUCCACACCUCUCCGGGAUCGAGGCAUCCAAGUAGCUACCGAACCCUCUCACUCCUCCGAGAUCGCUACUGGUGGCCAGUACACUGAAAUAACUUAUUGUCACAAGGAUCACUGCUGUGUUUUCAGAUUGUCUGGCUGUAUGGUGACAGAGAAAGGCUGUGGUUAUGUGUCUUCAGCUCUGACUUCAAACCCCUCACACCUGAGAGAGCUGGAUCUGAGCUACAAUCAUCCUGGAGAUUCAGGAGUGAAGCUGCUCUCUGAAAAACUAGAGGACUCAACCUGCUCAUUGGACAAACUGAAUGUUGAUCAUGGAGGAGACACUAGGAUUAUAGCAGGACUGAAGAAAUGGGUGUGUUUUCUCACACUGGAUCCAAACACAGCAAACACUCGUCUCAGACUGUCUGAGGAGAACAGAGAGGUGACGUGUGUGUAUCAGUCUCAGUCGUAUCCUGAGCAUCCAGACAGAUUUGAUGUGUAUCUUCAGGUGUUGUGUGGAGAGAGUGUGUGUGGACGCUGUUACUGGGAGACUGAGUGCAGUGGACAUGUGGAGAUAUCAGUGUCAUAUAAGAACAUCAGGAGGAAGAGACAGGGUAAAGAGUGUUGGUUUGGUCGUAAUGAUCAGUCCUGGAGUUUGUGCUGCUCUCCUCUCAGUUAUUCAUUCAGACACAAUGACAUAAAGACUGAUCUCUCUGUGAAGCCCAUCAGCAUCAGAAGAAGAACAACAGGAGUGUAUAAUGAUAUCUCUAGAGUUGGAGUGUAUGUGGAUGAGAGCGCAGGAACUCUGUCCUUCUUCAGCGUCUCUGACACAAUGAGACUCAUCCACACAGUCCAGACCACAUUUACUCAGACCCUCUGUCCUGGGUUUACUGUUUAUUAUAAAUCAUCAGUGAAACUGUGUUGAUAAAUUAGAAGAGACUGAUGAGAUUCUACCCAUAAUGCUUUGAGCUGCAUGAUGAAUGAGUAACAGUGAGAUGUUAUGAGUCUCUUCAAGACAUUAAUACUGCAGCUGAACUUCCGUAGAAACAGAAAUAUAAAAAUAUUUUAUAAAAAAAAAAAAAAAAAAAAAAAAAAAAAAAAAUAUAUAUAUAUAUAUAUAACAUAUGUCAGAAAUACUCCGACAGAUCACUUAGUGUGUGUGUGUGUGUGUGUGUGUGUGUUUUAUUUGUUGUGUCUCAUUUAUUUGUUUUAAUUCUGUUCUUUGGGAGCCCUCACUCAAUUACUAGCUGUGCUCAACCCUUCUGCAUCCUCUACUAUAAUUUCCUGUCUGAGGACUUUAUAACUCUAUGGAUGGCCUUUAUGCUCUCACUGGAAAGUAUUUGCCAGUCUAUCUGUCUUACCAAGCGUUUUACCUGUUAUCUCUGAUUACUUUUCCUGUGUAUGAUCACUGCCUGUUUUCCUGUUUAUCGAUUCCCAGAUUUGCCCUCUGUAUUUUUUGCCUGAUUAGACUGAUAAUCUGGUAGACCCAUUAGACCCAUUGCCUGCCAUUGCCUUUUGGAUUUCCCCUGUACCUGUCGACGGAUUGGACUUCCUUUGCAAUCUUGACUCUCUGCCUGCUUUAAUUAUUGCCCUUGUGAUUAUUGCCCUUGCGUCUAAUAAACUAUCACACACAGAUUGUAACUCAGCGUUACAAAAUACUUUGCCUCCCACAAAUUCAGCAGACGUUUCCAAUUUGCAAGUGGCGUUUGCUUACUAAAAUGAAUUACUAAGAAGCUACCAGGAACAACUCACCAAGCUGCAGUCCAUCAACAAUGCAGGAUAUCUCAACACAACUUCUCUAUGUCACCCAAGGGAAGUGACCAGCCACUGAAUACGCCAUCAAAUUCAGAAUGCUACCAACUUAAAGUGAUUGGAACGUCAUUGCUUUAAAAGCCGUUUUUUACUGAAAUUUGACCAAUGAGCUCCAAACUGAACUGGCCUAUAGAGGUGAGGAAUUGGAAUUACUUCCCUAAAAACCCAUAGCUUUUCUCACUUCCAGUAUGAGAGUCUAGAAACUAACCAACCAGCAAAGCCAAAGCCACGAAACUCCCUCCACAGCAAUCCGUCGACUACGCUAUCGACCUGCUUCCCAAUGCCAUGCCUCGUACGAGUAAGGUCUACCAGACUGUAGAGAACUGAGAGUCAGGUAAUGGAGCAAUACAUUUCGGAGGCCCUCAAAUCCGCCCUUCUGCGUCCCCAGCUGCUGCAGGAUUCUUCUUUGUAAAAAAGAAGGACGGAGGGUUGCGUCCCUGCAUUGAUUACAGAGGACUCAACAAUGUCAUGAGAAAAUUCCGUUACCCACUUCCCUUAGUCACUUCUGCUCUGAAAUAAUUACGGGAAGCUACCAUAUAUAACAAGCUAGACCUAGGAAGUGCUUACAAACUGAUCAGAAUUAAGGAGGGUGACAAGUGGAAAACAGCUUUUCUCACCACAAGGGGUAUGGUGAGAUAUGAUGCCAUAUGGGCUCGCCAACUCACCAGCCGUCUUUUGAUCUUUCAUAAAUGAGAUCCUCAAGGGUAUCAUCAACCAGUUUUUUAUUGUCUAUAUAGAUGAAAUCCUCAUCUACUCCUGAGUCUGAAGCCGAGCACAUCACUCCCGUUAGGACCGUUUUAUUCUUGAAAACAAACUGUAUGUCAAAGCCAAGAAAUGUGAAUUUCAUGUCAGUAAAACUUUCAAAAACUUUCAACUGUCAGUAAAAGAAUACCGUAACUGAAUGGCCACAACCCUCCACCGUUGAAGAACUGCAAAGAUUCUUAGGCUUUGCAAAUUUUUACAGAUGGUUCAUAUGUAAAUAAAGUCUGAUUGCAGCCCCCCUGAUAUCGGCAUUAAAGGGAAAACCUGCUAAGUUGAAGUGGACUCAGGGGGCUAGCCAAGCCUUUACCUCCCUGAAAGAAAGAUUCACAUUGGCCCCCAUUCUAAAAUACCUUGUCCCUGACUCGCCAUUUUGGAGGUGGAGGUAGAUUUGUCUGAGUGGCAUAGGAGCCGUUCUCUCACAGAGGUCCAAUCAAUUAGGCAAACUACACCCUUGUACCUUCUUUUCAGGGAAACUCACAUCAGCAGAGAGAAGUUAUGAUGUGGGCAACAAGGAACUCCACUCCAUGAAAGCAGCUAUCGAGGAGUGGCGACACUGGCUAGAAGGGGCUGUCCACCCAUUCCAAGUCAUUACAGAUUAUGAGAAUCUUGAAAUCUUGAAAUCCACGGUUCUGCGCUUAGCACAGAAAACAUUCUGUGCAUAGCACUUAGGUUUUUUUGCGUCUGGCCAUUUUUUGUACAGUGUGGGCAAAUCGGAGCAUGUGGGAAAGGCAACUGUGUGUAGGGCUGUUCGUUCAGUAUGUCUGGCACUUAAACAGUUCUUACCCACGUUUGUACAGUUCCCUGGCCAUAAACCUCUGCUUGUUAUUAAAGACGAAUUCCACAGAGUGGCAGGUUUGU